GUCCACGUCUAAAAAGUGUUCAUACUAGGAUAAUUUAAUUUACUCGUAUUAAAUCAAAUUCCCUCUGUACUAAAGUUUUGUAAAUAAAUAAUAAAUUACUAAAACAAACCUCGUGAAUAAUCUUUAACCCUCACCACGGCGCACAGCCGACUAAGAGAAUUCUUUUCUAGUACCUGUGAGCUGUGAAUUGAAUGUUUGAAAAUGCCUCCAAAAUUGGAAAAGGAAACGUUAGUAUUGUUAAUAAAUAUUGGAGUAACACGUCCUAAUGCACAGAAGAAUCGUGUUUUAUUGGAUAAGAUAAAAUGUGUUGCUCAAAGAAUAAUUGAAAAGAAGAUAUUUUUACGGCCAAAGGAUGAAAUUGGAGUAGUGCUGAUGGGAUCUUCUGUUACAAAGAAUAGUUUAAAUACAGAUCAUGUAGGAGAGUUUGCAGAUUUUCAGAUCCCAGAUUGGAAUUUAAUACAAAAAAUUAUGCACUUGAACGAAACAAACUAUUGCUCUAAUUGGAUUGAAGCACUCAGUGCCACUGUGGAAUUCAUAAAGAAAAAUGCUAUUGAUAACUCCAUGAGAAAAGUAAUUUUGAUGUCUGAUUUUAAUGAAGAACAUGACAUUAUUUUGCAGUUUGAGGUAGAUACAAUUGCAGAACACCUUCAUACAGAGGAAAUUAAGUUGCUUACAAUAGCAGAAGAAUUGUUGGAUGAAGAACCUGAAAGCUCUCUUAGCAUUAGCAAAGCAUUUCUUAAAGAUCUUCAUAAGAAGAUUGAUGGUCAACACGUAACAUUUGAUAAUGCUGUAGCUGAUUUAAGAUUUUAUCUAGAGGUACCAACAAAACCAUCACCGUGGUAUGCUACUUUAGAACUAAUUGAUAUAAAAAUUCCAAUAGUCAGUUACAUUAAAGUGACUGAUACUUGCAAAUUUCCAAGUUGGAAAACAGCCAAAGGCGACGAAAAUGUAGUAACGGUAACAGAGUAUUCGGAUAGACAAAGGACAAUCUACAAAAAGGAUGAGAUUGUGCCAGGAUAUAAAUAUGGAGGAGUUUUUAUUCCAGUCGAAAAAAAACUAGAGGAUGCUUUGAGUUAUAAAAGCGGGCCAAAGAGCUACAUUAUUCAUAGUUUUGCAAGGAAAAGGGAUGUUGACUUGGAGCACUGGUACGACAAUACUACAAAUGUUGUUUUACCCUCGUCCCGAGUGCAAAACGCGCAAGAUCCGUUUUAUAGUUUGGUACUUGCAAUGCUCGAAUUGGACGUAGUCGCCAUUGUGAGAAAAGUUAAUAACAACGACCGUGCACCAAAAAUGGUGGCAUUGUUUCCGUGUAUCGAUGUUCCCGAUGAACCAUGGUGCUUGGUAGAAAUAUCUUUAGCAUUUGCAGAAGAUCGAAGAGUAAUGGUUACAAGACCUAUUAAAUCUGUCAUUAAACAGUUAACCAGUGAACAAAAUGAAGCUGUUGAUAAUUUAUUAGACUCCCUGAUAUUACCCGAAACAGAAGACAGUUAUAUAGUGGAGGGGAAUCAGUGUUUUCUACCAGGAAGUCUGCCAGAUCCUGCAAUGCAACAUAUCUGGAAUAUGUUAUCUCAUCGCGCCCUUAACCCGGAUAAACCAUUACCGCCUAUGGAGGAUUAUUUAAAGAAGAUUUUGGAAGCACCAUCAGUGAAAGAAAAAAGUAAAGACCAUCUUCAAAGAGUUGCAGAAUUGUUUCAAUUGGAAAGCAUAGAUCCCAAAGCAAAAAAGAAAAACGAAUUUAACACGGAAGAUAAUGAACAGGAUGUUAACAAGAUUAAUCUUGAAGAGUCUACUAAAAUGGAUGAUAAACUUGAUACUGUGGACUCUUUUAAGGAACUAGAUAUGUCUACAGAUACCGUGGACAUUGAUUUAGACGAACUGGCGGCCAACAUAUAAUUCGCUGGACGUAAUAUGCUGUCCACGCUGGAAUUUUUCAAUUCUGGCAGAAAGACGAUAUUUUAUAAUGAAUUAUUUCCCGUGCGAUGCUGUGCAUUCAUUCGAAUCAUUGUGUAAAAGAUCAACGAGUAAUAUAUUUUUGUACAUGUACGAUGAUUUUUUUGUGAGAGAUAUUUGUAUAUACAAAAGAACCAAUGAAAUAAAACGUGCCCGUUAUCUAUUCUACUUAGAAGAAAAGCGAUCCUUGAAACGAAUCCCACCACAAAUUGAUGACACUAUCGAGCCUGAAUAUGGGAAGGACGAGGUCGUCUAC